UAUCCAUCUCUAACUCAUUGUUAGAGACAAUAGAUUUGAUGUUUCUUUUUUAUGGUUUUGUAAAUCGAUAUAAGUAUUCAUAAAUGAUUCAGUUUCAUAGAGUGUUAGUUCUUUCUUUUGUAUAGAGUUAUUUUGUAUAGAGUUUAUUUAUGUAAUUUAUCCUAUGGUGGUACAGGUCGAAGGAAGAAAAAUGUCUCACAUGAAGUUUGAGCAUCCCAGACACGGUUCCCUUAGAUUUCUUCCAAGGAAGAGAGUUACUCGUCACAGAGGAAAAGUGAAGGCUUUCCCUAAGGAUGACCCUACCAAGCCCUGCAAGCUCACUGCUUUCUUGGGUUACAAGGCUGAUAUGACUCACAUUGUUAGAGAAGUCGAAAAGCCCGGAUCCAAACUUCACAAGAAGGAAACUUGUGAGGCUGUGAAAAUUAGUGAGACUCCUCCAAUGGUUGUUGUUGGAGUCGUUGCUUACAUUAAGACUCCUCGAGGUCUUCGUUCUUUGAGCACUGUUUGGGCACAACAUUUAAGUGAGGAGGUCAGAAGAAGAUUCUACAAGAACUUUGCCAAGUCUAAGAAAAAGGCUUUCACAAAGUACUCAAAGAAGUACGAGACUGAUGAUGGAAAGAAAGAUAUCCAAUCUCAAUUGGAGAAAAUGAAGAAAUACGGAACUAUCAUCCGUGUUUUGGCGCACACCCAGAUCAGGAAAAGAGACAGAUUCCAUGAUUUCCAAAUCCUUAACCAAACCAACAUACGAGACGUUUAA